AUGGAGAGCACUGUGUUGUGCAGCAACAGCAGCAGCCGCGCAGUGCAGGUCAGGACAGGCAGCCCGUCAUUCCGCGCGCCACCCGGCGGUCCCAUCCAUGCGCUCCCCACCGGACAUGCAUACUCUCUCGAACCCUCGCGGUCAGCCGGGCGGGCAGACGCUCGGGCCAAGAAGGCCGCAGGUCAGCGGGUCGAGAAAUCCGGCGCUGGUUUUGCGGGAGGCGGAGGCUGCGCUGCCCGGGACGGCCCGGGACAGGCGACGGGCAAUGUGGUCGUCCUCCUGCGAGGAGGACAGUUCGGCUCCGGAGGUGACAGGAAGGAAGGAAGGAAGGAAGGAAGGAAGGAAGUUCGCCCGCGAGUCGACGGGGGAGGUGGAAAGAUGAUGACGGAUGAUGAUGGAGCGCGGGCAACGUUCUGCUGCAGCUGCAGCGGCUCGGGGUGA